CCCGGUGGGCGCGGUUUCCGGUUUUGUCGCAGGUAGUUCGGUUUCACCCCCGUCAGGCCUGUGUCGGUGUGCGGUGGUGCCACCGGUGCAUCUGGAGCCAAGUGUGAGCAUAGCGCAGGGCUGGAGAUAAAAACUUCCCCGCGAUGACAGAACACGAAUCGUCCGCGCGACUUUAACUCGAGAAGAUGUCUGAUGUCACUAAGACCGUGCAGAAAUGGCACGCGAGUUUUAAAAAGGGCACGGACUUUGAUUCGUGGGGGCAGCUGGUGGAAGCCAUCGAUGAAUAUCAAAUACUGGCAAGACAACUUCAGAAAGAGGUGCAGUCAUUAAACUCGCAUGAUUUUACAGAAGAACAGAAGAAAACCCUGGGAAAGUUUGCAACAUGCCUUGAAAUGAGAAGUGCGGCACUACAGUGCACACAAUCCCAAGAUGAGUUUAAGUUAGAAGACCUAAAGAAACUGGAACCCAUCAUUAAGAAUAUUCUGACGUACAACAAAGAUUUUCCAUUUGAUGUUCAACCAGUGCCUUUGAGGAAAAUCCUUGCACCUGGAGAAGAGGAAAACCUGGAGGUUGAGGAGGAGUUGGAUGCUGGUACUGGAGCCGGUUCAAUACCAUCAUUCACCUCUAGGGUUCCAGGUACCUUGUUACCAAGAUUACCAUCGGAGCCUGGGAUGACGUUGCUUACGCUAACAAUAGAGAAGAUUGGUCUGAAGGAUGCAGGACAAUGUAUCGACCCUUACAUCACUGUCAGUGUUAAAGAUGUGAAUGGCAUUGAUUUGAACCCAGUUCAGGACACCCCAGUGGCCACACAGAAAGAAGACACAUACAUUCAUUUUACUGUGGAUGUGGAAAUCCAGAGGCAUAUAGAAAAACUUCCCAAAGGAGCAGCUAUUUUCUUUGAAUUCAAACACUACAAACCCAAGAAAAGAUUCACCAGCACAAAGUGUUUUGCUUUUAUGGAAAUGGAUGAAAUCAAACCAGGUCCCAUUGUCAUAGAGCUGUACAAGAAACCAACAGAUUUUAAGAGGAAAAAACUCAACCUCCUGACUAAGAAACCGCUGUACCUGCAUCUUCAUCAGACUCUACAUAAAGACUAAACAGAAAAUGGCCUACAAACUAAGUGUUUCUCGACUGAUCAAAUUUAUUUUGGUGCGUUCCCUGCAAUAUCAGAGUUGUCUUUAUCCUCUCAUAUCUUCAGUGUUAGGGUUUGGGAUGAUCGACAUAUCACCAACAUGCUUUAUUUUAAAGAGAGAGAGAGAGAGAGAGACAUUGGUCAAGUUUUGCACAAAUCCUCUAUAUGAUGAAAAUUGUUAUGGGUAUUGAUAUUAAAACAUUAUAUGAAAGAUGAGCUGACUGAAUCACAUUAUACUGAAUAUCUGCUUACUGCAGCUUGCUAACACUACAUUCAAGUUAAACCAGCCAAUGAUGGCGUGAGAGACCGGUUAAAACCAGCAAAAGCUUUUUCUCAAAGAUUACCCAAAUAAAUAGAUGUUUGAAGUUUUUAACAUUUUUAUAAGCAAUUGUUUAAUGUUGGCGAAUGCUUACAAACCACCAACAAUACUGUUCAGUUUACAAACUUUUCAGCUAGGGAAACAAGUUAUUAAUAUUGAAACAACUAAAGAUAAUCUGUUCACCCAGACUGUUUUAAUGUGUCUCAUGUUAGUAAACAUCAAACUCAAAGUGUUGCAUUUCUAUGACUUUGUAUGUGUUGUCAAAUAUAAGAUGUCUGUCACGAGUGGAUUGUUACACAGCUUUUUCAUGUCUCAUUUCUAAUAAAUGACAAUGCUGCUUGAA